AUGGGUCCCUCGCAGCCGAGUCAGUUAAACGCAGCAAAACGAAGUAUCAUGAGGGUGAACCCUCAGAGAAACACCUCCUCUCGAAGUCAGAGAUCAGUCUAUUCAUGUACCCUGUGUCGCAGACGAAAAGUUGGGUGCGACCGUCAGAAGCCCUGUGGUCAGUGUGUAAGAUCAAACGCCCAAGAUGCUUGCACAUAUCCUCGGCCUCCAACAACUCCUUCUUCAUCUCGACCAGAAACAACGUCCACAGCCCCGAUAAGGUCGCGCCCCGUAAGGAAUACGCAGAAUCCAGAUACUGCCCAUCCUUCACCCACGACCGGUGCUCCUAUGCCAAUCAAUCCUUCAUACAAUGCAACAACCAGGCGCAGUGCCGUUGAGGGCCAUGGCCCCGUGAGGGAUAACCCCGUUCUGUCAUCGCCGUUCGGGGCAGUGGAGUCACGCCAUACUGCGACGCCCCCUAUAUCUUCUCACGGCUAUCAAGGACAGGGAAAACAACAGACUCCCUCCCUGUCAGCUGAUAGUUUCUCUCAAUCCCUGGCUCCGUUGUCGUUUCGAGGGAAGCAACAGAGAACCAGAUUCUUUGGACGGACUCAUUGGGCGACGACCCUCGGUAUGUUUCCGGAUCUCAAUGCUCAUCUGCAUGAUUACUAUCGCAACAAACCAAGCCCCACUAAUUCAGAAUUCGGUGAAUACUUGACGCUAAAGCGACUGAAACAUGAUCUACGAGGACCUGAUAGACGGUGGUGGUGUGACCAACAACACUCUCUAAAGUUGAAAGAGUUACUACCCGACCGUAGACUGGCUGAAUAUCUAAUGCAGCUCUACUUCUCAACCUUCGAGAAUACGCUUCGAAUACUACACGUUCCCUCCUUUGUUGGGGAAUGGAAUGCCUUCUGGGAUCAAAGAGAAUCGCAGACCGAUACCUCUUGUGCAAAUGAGCUUUUUCUUGCAAAGCUCCUUACGUUGAUGGCUUGCUCUGGCUGCUUCGCUUCGGGAAAACAGCUACAGUCAGCGGGGUUAAGCCAGCGGUCAUUAAUGCAGAUGUGUCACAACUGGAUUGAAGCCGUUGCCACCUGGUUAGCACUCAUGACGAGUCAUGCUCAGCUAAGUGUGGACGUGAUCCAAAUUAAGUGCUUGCUGCUGCUCGCACAGCAAGCCACCGCGUGGGAAGGCGAUCUAGCCGGCAUGGGCUCAGGGUCCCUCAUUCGAGAAGCCAUGCUGAUGGGCCUUCAUCGAGACCCGGCCAACUUCGCCCAUCUCUCUCCCUAUUGGGCCGAACUUCGGAAAAGACUCUGGCUGACCAUCAUAGAGCUGGAACUCCAAGCUUCAAUAUAUGGUGGAUUACCCUUGGCAAUAUCCUGGGACGAAUUCGAUUGCCCCUUUCCAUCGAACAUCGAUGAUGAGGACUUUUCUGUUGACUCACCUCGCCUACCUCUUUCCAAGCCACCAACUACUUUGACCAGAACUUCUUUUCAGAUUGCACUCGCGCAGACAUUACAGACCAGGAUGAUGAUCUCGAAGACCAUCAACCGUGUGCGAUUGAGUGUCAACUAUGAUGAGAUUAUGAAGCUUAGUGAACGUUUCUCAAAGGAGCUUGCGCAUGCCCCGCCUGAACUACGAGAUACAAGCAGGCCUGAAACCACUGCUGAAGCUGUCGACAGCUGCCCAGAAUUUCGCAGAUCAUUCUUUCUCUUUCUCCACUACCGAUGCCUGCUAGCUCUCCAUAGGCCAUUCUUCCUGAAGCUUGCAGAGACGUUGGGUGAGCCUUAUGUCUUUUCCCGACGAGUCUGCGUGCAGAGCAGCUUAGCGUUACUCGCUCAGUUGGAGUAUUCGCCGGGGAGUCUUCCUUCUGACCAGUUGGUCAAUGAAGCCAACAUCUGCCCCCACAUCUUACAGCUCAAAGGGGGGAUGUUCCGAGAUGAUAUAUUCCACGCUGCCAUCACUAUCUGUUUUGAGCUCCGUCUGCAGGCUAAGGACCGAGUGGUUGAUCCAUUUCCUGGUACUAUUUCAGGAUAUAUGGACCAAAGCGUGUUCUACCAGCGCCUGGCACUCUUCCAGAGUGUGGAGAACGCGAUUAAGCACUUCGAGUGCAAAGUCCGGUCAGAAAAGCGAGCAACCAAAGUUUUCAGUAUCUUGACAAUGCUCUUCACCGCAAUCAAAAGCCAGACAUUAGCCACAGAAGAGGGCUCGCAUAGUCUGGACGGGUCAUCAGGCGAGCCAGUCUUGACGAUAGACGACGCUUGCCCAUUGGCAUCUCGUCGCUGCCGGGAACUAUUAAUGGAGGAAGGACCCAAUAGUCCUACGACUCAGACAGAGAGAUCGGGUCAUGGAACAUCUCCAGUAAUGUGUCUUAUCCGACGAACGAUCCUAGAAAUAAUAUACAGCCAGCUACUUUGGAAGAUGCCGCAGGCGGCGAUUUUGUGA